AUGGCGGAGCAUUUGGAGCUGCUGGCCGAGAUGUCUGCGGUGGGCCGGAUGGGCACUCAGGAGCGGCUGAAGCACGCCCAGAAGCGCCGCACGCAGCAGCUGAAGAAGUGGGCGCAGUUUGAGAAGGACGUGCAGGGCAAGAAGACCAGAGCGGAGAAGAAGAAGAAGGGCAGCAGCAAGGAGAGGCGGGUGCUAUUCCCUGAGAACAUCCGGCUGCUCGAGGCCGCGUGCCGCAACGACGUGGAAGAAGGUAGGAGCUGGAGCCCUACCUGGGGAGGGGGAGAAAGCUUUGUGGCAGAACUCCUGGUUCACAUGGCGCCCAGGCAGCAGGGCUGGGGAAUCAGAGUCAUGAAAUGGGUGAGUUGGAAGGGAGCCCGAGGGUCAUCUAGUGCAACCCCUCCUGCAGAUGGCCAUCCCACCUCUGCUUAAAAAUCCCCAAUGAAAGAGAGUCCACAACCUUCCCAGGGAGUCCGUUCCACUCUUGAACAUCAGUUACCAUCAGAAAGUCCUUCCUGACGUUAAGUCGGAAACUUCUUUCUUGUCAUUUGAAUCCGUUGGUUCGGGUCCUACCCUCCAGAGCAGGCAUCCCCAAACUUGGCCCUCCAGCUGUUUUGGGACUACAAUUCCCAGCAUCCCUGACCACUGCUCCUGUUAGCUAGGGAUGAUGGGAGUUGUAGUCCCAAAACAUCUGGAGGGCCAAGUUUGGGGAUGCCUGCUCCAGAGCCUCAGAAAAUCAGCUUGCGCCGUCUUGCAUGUGUCAGCCCUGCAGAUAUUUGAAGAUGGCUAUUCUGCUACCUCCCAGCCUUCUCUUCUCCAGACCAAACAUUCCCAACUCCCUCAACAGUUGCUCUUGAGGCUUGGUUUCCAGACCCUCCUCUACACAUGUUCCAGCUUGUUGAACAUCUGUCUUAGGCUCAGGUGCCCAGAACUCUACACAGGACUCCAGGUGGGGUCUGACCAAGGCAGAAUAGGGUGGUACUAUUACCAUAUUUCAGUCUCUUAGUCAGCCUUCCCCAACCUAGCAUAUUGGUCUGGGAAUCAUGAAAGUUGAAAGCAUAAUGAAUCUGGGAAAUGUGGUCUGUUUCCCAUGUUUUCCUCCCAGCUCUCUUGCCGCAAGAGUUAGAAAACCUAAGAAAAAUGAGGAUUCUGGCAAGCUAUAAGGAGUUGUGUCUCAGAGAACUUUAUUCUUCUAUAGCAACGUGCAAACAACACAGACCCAAGUUGUUGUAAGCUUUUCUGUCUUUGGCUCCAGUUAGGAUCACUGUGUGUCCAGUUACAGCUGCAGAAAUACAAAUAUGGCCAUCUGUCAUUGUAAGAGCUGUUUGACAGUGGAACGGACUCCCUGGGAAGGUGGUGGACUCUGCUUCCUUGGAGGCUUUUAAGCAGAGAUUGGACGGCUGUCCAUCAUGGAUGCUUUAGCUGAGAUUCCUGCAUUGCAGGGGGUUGGACUAGAUGACCCCAGAGGCUCCCUUCCAACCCUAUAGUUCUAUAAUCCUACAUAGCAGUAUCAUUAUGGUCCUCCCUUCAUUCCCAAAGGCCCCAUCCCGAUGGUCCUCAAUUUCCCUCUUUCCUUUACUUCAGCCUUUGAGUCUCUAAUUUCUCCGUUCCUUUACUUCCACUUGCAAGCCUUGGCCAUAUGAUUCCGCCCCUCUCAAAGUGAGAAGGAGGAUAGUUGUUCUUUCAGAAUUCCACACUCGUCUCAGUAGUAAUUCCAGUGUGGCAGCCAUUGUUGACUCAAACAUGUAAACAUGUGAAUUUCACAGAACUCGUAGAGCACAUUCCUGUGUGUGUCCAGAGGGGCAGACUUCCAGAUAAGGGAGUGGAGAUUCCAGUCUGUGGCUGCAAUCCUAAGGAACAAGGCCCUCUCAGCUCAGUGGGAUUACUUCCACGUGGACAUGCACAGGAUUGCGGGGUUAGUCUGUGAAUCCCAAAGGCUGCUACCGCUCAGUUCUGCAGGAAACCCUCCCUUUGCUGUGAAGGUCACUGUGCGAUGGCCUUGGGCAGAUCAUCCGGUCAGCCUGGCUUCUCUCGCAGGGUUGUUGUGAUGCUACAGUGAGGAAUGGAAUAGUGCAGAAUAGAAAUGUAGCAACAACAAAAUAUAGAAAUAAAAUUUAAAACAAUUUCAAUCCCAGUGAUUAAAAAGGUGAAGAGAAAAUGCCAGGGCUGCGAUCCAAGCCUGCUUGCUAGGGAGGAAGCUCCAUGAAACAAGCUUGGAAUUUCAGUUCAGCAUCAGAGCCGACUGAAGCUGGUUGCUUCAUAAACACUUCUAGACAUAUUUCUACUUGGGUUGCUUGUGUGCUCUAGCCUGGCUUUGAGGGGAAUCAACAAGGAAAGCAGUAUCUGCAAGGUGAAACGAAAGAGGCUUUGGACGCUAAGAAAAGAUGUAGGGGAAAGAAGCAGGUGCAAACCCAGGGGAUGAGAUUCAGCCAAGGGCUUCUUGCCCCCCAGCCUCAAGCACCCUGGUGGGCCCACCCCUGACAAGUGAUGCUGUGGGGGUGCAGGUUCGUAGCAUAAUCAGAAGCUCUACCAAAUCAAGAAGCCAGUUUUUAACGAGCAACAUUUGUUUGUCACCCCGUAAGAUACUAAGUUCUCUCAGCAACUUACAAUAGAAGAUUGUGCAACAAGGGAGUUAAAGGCUGCAGGAGUUUCGGAUCCUUUUAAUGCUCUUUGUUCUAUGUGCAAACCAUGGAAGUGUGCGUAGGCCUGUCUCAUCGCAUGCAAAUCACAUCUCCUCAGAAGCAACCUUUGAAAAUAAAGAUUGCCAUGAAACAAUUGCCGAGAUUCACUCGGGGUAAGUUCUGUGAUGUUCAGAAAGCCUUUCAUAGGAUCGGCUGCUUCUGGGGAUGGAGUUGCCCAAUGCCUCUAGUUGUGGCUGCCCAUGAUUUGCCCCAAACAGUUCUGUCGUUGUAUUUUAUGGAAGAUUUAAGUGUCACUGGAGGGGCUUCAGUGGAGAGCAACAGAGGUGCUUGACAUUUUUAAAAGCAUAAUGGUUAGUUGACCAGCACUGCUGAAGCUGCCCAGCCCUUCCAGGAAGUGGAAUCUUCCUGGGUUCUUCAGUGGCAUCUUUAUCCACUGAAUGACCUGCCCCCCCAAAAAAAAUACCCCACUCCACUGCCUUUCUUCCCAAGCUUGCUGCCUUUCUUCUAUAAGACUUACUGGCGUGUUGCAGAAACUAGAAGCCAGACCCGGUUGGCACUGCCAGUUUCCUCUUUCUGCCAUGCCCCCCUCCCAUUCAGUGGCCUACGAGGUGGGUAGGUCGUAUCCUGGCUGUGCCCAUCCAUGGGGCUCCCUCCUCCCCGCUCAGUAACAUUUGAGGGAGGUUUAGAGAAAUGUGACAAGUGGAGCUUUGCAGGAAGAGGGGUCAAGCAGAGACAAAAUUGCAGUUUUCACAUAUUUGAAAGGCUUCCACAAGGAAGCAAGUCUUCUGCAGUCGCAAGCGAGAGGCUUUUCGUUUUAUUUGUCCAUCAUCCCCAGCCCAGAGGAUCCGAUGGUACAAACGUUAAAAGACAUGUACAGUCAUACCUCGGGCUACAGACGCUUCAGGUUGCGCAUUUUCGGGUUGCACACCGUGCCGUACCCGGAAGUACCGGAACAGGUUACUUCCAGAUUUCGGCACUCGUGCAUGCGCAGAAACACUAAAUUGCACUUUGCGCAUGCACAGAAGUGCUGAAUUGCGACCUGCACGUGUUUGUUGCGGGUUGCGAGCGCUGCAGCUUGCGAACGUGCCUCCCGUACAGAUCAUGUUCGCAACCCAAGCAUCCACUGUCCAUAAAAGGCCCGUUAAAGGCCCUAGCAAGAAGACAUAAAAGUUUUCUUAUCCAGAGUCUGACCAUUGUUCCAUCCAGUCCCAGGAUUGUUGAUGCGUAGCAGCGCUCCAAGAUUCUGGGAUGUUACCAGGCUUCUGGUUGGCCACUGAGAGCAGAUGGCUGAGCUAGAUGGGCCACUGCCCUCAUCCAUCAGGCUCAUCUCAGGAAAUGCCAUGGAUUCGACCCAGGACCUUCUGCACGCAAAGGAUGUGCUCUAUUCCUUUGCAGUGAGACACACAGAUGGACGGGCAGCCCAAAGAAGGUUCUGCGAUCGCAGUGGGACAUGCAGGUGGAGGUAGUGGCUCAGAUAUUCACACUGGAAGGCGGGGGGGGGGGGCGACCUGUGGUAGAGGACCUGUUUCCUCUGACUUGGAGGCGUGUUUGUUGUCCUGCCUAUCCAUUUGCUCUUUUGCUGCCCCAACCCCUGAUCUCUGCGUGAGGAGUCUGUGCCCAGGUGACUUGUUCAGCUUCCUUGCCGGCUCCAGGCAGGGCUGCAGCUGCUGUUUACACCAGGGGUCAGCAAACUUUUCCAGCAGGGAGCUGGAAGCUCUGUCCCCCAGACCUUGGGGGGGGGCAGACUAUAUUUUGAAAAAAUAAUAAUAAACAAAUUCCUAUGCCCCACAAAUAACCCGGAGAUGCAUUUUAAAUAAAAGUACACAUUCUACUCAUGUAAAAACACGCUGAUUCCCGGACCGUCCGUGGGCCGGAUUUAGAAGGCGAUCGGGCCGGAUCCGGCCCCCAGGCUUUAGUUUGCCUACGCUUGGUUUAGACCAACAAACUUACUUUUCAAACAUUUGAGCUCCUAAUGAAUGAAUCAGCAGGAGGAGUACCACACAUGGUAGCCCUGAGCUCAGCAAGGCUUAAAUAUGUGAGCAUCUCUGCUGGAUCAGGCCAAAAGCCGUCCUAGUCCAGUAUCCUGCUUCCAGCCAGAUGCCUGCAGGAAGCUCCCAGGCAGGGCAGGCGAGCAGGAGCAAGAGUCUUGCAUUCAGAGGCGUGCUGAACCUGGAGGGAACAUGGAGCCAUCCUGACCAGUAGCCAUUGAAAGCCUUUUCUCUCCAGGAAAGCUCAAGUAGUCACAGAACGUCUGGGCUAUGUGGAUCUCCUGUUAGUAAAAAAAGAAAAGAAAAGUGUUCUAGUUUGGAACUUCUGAGCCUUGGCAGCUUUGGACACUUAGUAGUCAGUCCCCUGUGCCAUGCCGUAAAUCUAUACUGUAAGCUAUUUGGGGCAGAGACUCACUUUUACUUGCAUUGGCUGUGCAAGGGACCACAUUUAGCAAUGGCACAACCUCGCAGCCAAUGGCGCAACUUUGGUAAAAGUUAAAUCUGCAGAUCUCUUCUCCCCCCAUCCCUGCCCUUCAAUUCAGGGCUGCAAGAGCAAGAAAAUGCAAGCUCAGCAGGCAGCGGUCAGCUGCCACCACACUCUGCUCCGUGGUGCCGAGGCCCAGUCUGUCUCUGCUGCCUCUCUCCGUAUCUGUGUUUAGUGGCUCCCCCUUGACUUCCUCCCGCGGCAGAGGCGCAGGCCAAGGAGCUUGCAGGGUUUUUACGAUUCGCUCUCGGCCUCCGACUCUUCCUCUCUUCUUAGGCUAGCUAAUGACAAAACGUGAUCCUUGAAUGAAAAGGCGGAUGAGCCGAAAAUAGAAAUAAUUUUAAACAGCUGGAUCCGCUCAGAGUGUACUUUGGCUGCCGGUGGAAGAAUGGAGCCGAUAAUUACGUGUGGCUUCAGGGAAGGCUGCCAGCGUUACGGUCCUGGAGGACAGAGCUUUUGGCCUCUGCAGCCAUGACCCCUCCUCUGGCCCUGACCCUUUCACCUGGCUGACCCGUAGCACUUGGAGCGCCCGGCAGAAUGCUGACCAGGGAGUCUCCUGGCCCCUGGCCCAGACCAGACCACCCACACUCUGUCCAGGCCGUGCUUUUUGCCUCUGGGCUCUGUGUCUCCUACAGUUGCUGAGCCAACAACAUCUCCAUCUAAGAACCCAUCUAUUUCUCUUUUAAUGCCCUGAAACUGCCAACAGGGGCAUGUACUUUUCUCUCUCCCCCACCUCCCGCCAUGAAAUGCUCCUGAAGCAUUAAUCCAGGAUGUCGGGAUCACCACCAGAGGCAGCAUAUGUUGCACUGCCCCUCCCCAGCAGGGACCUGCUGUGGUCAGGCGGCUGAGCUUAGGACUUGGGGAAUGUGUGGAAUGUGGAGGGCGCCACUGGCUGCGGCUUGUGGGGAAGAGCGUCUCGCUUUAAAGCAAAACGUGGGCAUUUCUGUCCUUGGGUUUGUAUGGAGGAGGCCAGAACGAGCCACCUGCAUCUCUGCCUCUUGCUUGCGCAACCACGGGGCUCGCUCUGCCUCUGGACCCUGCGCUUUGCUGGGAGAGAGAAGUGGGAGAAAACCUUGUUUGCCACCGAGCGGCUAGAUUGGGCUAGGUGUCACCACGGAAGACGGAGAGUUGGUCCCCCUUUGGUGCACUUUAGUCGAGAGUCUAUAGGCACCUUCUUCAGCCAGAUGCCAUUGGUUCAUCUUGCUGCUAACUGGGUCCCCUCUGCUGAUCUCAGCACAUUGAAUUGGAACCCCGGAAACGAACUGGCCACCAGGUCCGUUGUUUUGAAACAGGACAGAUGGUCUCUCGCAGACAUGAGUGGCAGGAAAUCGCACACAGUGUGUGAUGAGAACUGGGGGCGCUGGAAGGUUGCUGAUGGGUAGCUUUUAAAAAAAGUGUGUACAAAACAGGCCAUUAGGUGCGGGGUGGCUGGCUGCGGGGAGCGUGUCACGUGGGUGAGCUGUGUCUGUUGACAGUGGACACAUGGAGCCAUGGCAGGAACAAGCUGUUCUGGCUUAGCUGUAAUUACUCCGGCAAGGGAGCUGUGUGCUUGACCUUCUGUGCAGCCGAGGAGGAAGUCCUGCUCCCUUGCGGUCCUGAAGCAACAAUGGGGUGGCCCCAGGGGCUCCUAAAGGCUGAAGCCCACUUGAUGCUUUGCCUGCCUGCUGAUGGCUGAGUGCUGAGGGCUCCGGUUAGCAACACAGGAAGCGUUCGCCUGGCAAAACUGCAGAGCCUUAAUGGAGGUGGCUUGAGGGGAGAGCCCCUGCGCCAGGGAAGGAAAAUGCCCCCAGAGGUGGGAAUAUUUGCGUGUUUGGGAACACAGGCGGUAUGGGAAUUCCAUAACUAAGUCAUCAUAGCAAGAACAGGAAAUGCAGGAGAAAUUGCAACGGAUGAUAAUGCGUGACUUUCAAAACGCAAGAGGCAGAAAGUCAGAUCACGAUCCUGUCUUACAAUAAGAAAGACAGCUGCAGUCGAUCUAAACUACAGUCAGUGAAGCUGCAUCUUCAGGAACAGCAGUAGCACAUGUGGAAUGCAUUUCCUCUGAGUGUUGUCUCUUGUUAUGUCUGCAGAGUGUGGGCUUCCUAGCUGUCUAGUAGUGCCAGAUAUAGGGAGGGGGAAAGAGCAGGCAGUUUAGUUGUGGCAUCGUAGAGUUGGGGGAGACCUUAUCUUCUUCUUCAUCAUCUUCUUUGGUGAUCCCUCUUAGCCGAGUAAGAUUGUCUUCCAUAAACACGGUCUUAACAAUGAGUCUGUAAGUGACUGUGGAGGCCAGUUCUGGAUCUGCACGUCCUUCCACAGUGGGGACAUUGGUUUCCGGGUGGGAGUUGAUCACGGUGUGGAUUUGCCAAGUGUGCCUUCCUCUUAGCACGUUUCUCCCUUGCGUUCUGAGUUCGAGUGUCUUCAUAGCCCAUGACACCUUUGGUAAAGGCUGUUCUCCAACUGGAGAGCUCGCAGGCCAGUGUUUCCCAGUUGUCAGUGUGUAUACUACAUUUUUUUAGAUUUGCCUUGAGACAGACCUUAAACCUCUUUUGUUGACCACCAGCAUUACGCUUUCCAUUUUUAAGUUCGUAAUAGAGUAGUUGCUUUGGAAGACGAUCAUCAGGCAUCCGCACAACAUGACCAGUCCAACGAAGUUGAUGUUUGAAGAAUCAUUGCUUCAACACUGGUGAUCUUUGCUUUUUCCAGUACAUUCAUAUUAGUUCGCCUGUCUUCCCAAGUGAUGUGUAAAAUUUUUCGGAGACACCAUUGAUGGAAUCUUUUGAGGAGUUGGAGAUGGUGUUUAUAAGUGGUCAGUGUUUCACAAGCAUAUAGUAAGGUUGGCAGUACAAUAGCUUUGUAAACAAGCAUUUUGGUUUCCCUGCGAAUGUCCCGGACCUCAAACACUCUGCACUUCAAUCAGGAGAAAGCUGCACUUGCAGAGCUCAGGGGACGCUGGAUUUCGGCAUCAAGGCUGGCCAUCUAGCGCAUCCCCUUCCCCACCCUUAACAAGAAAUCCAGAGCAUCAGCAUCCCCAAGAGAUGGCUUGUCCCGCCUCUGCUUGAAGACCCUCAGCCAGGGAGAGCCUACCACCCUAGGCAAUUGGUUGCCUUUCUGAGCUGUUCUCUUCCCAUGAAGAAGCCUGUCCUCAUGUGUUCACCCGAAACAGAUCUAGUCUUGCUCCGCCAGCAAGAACAAUGGCAUCCUUCAUACCCUCACUGCUGCAAACUCUCACAAUGUUGAGUCGCAAAUCCACAAAAACAGCAUUAAAAGUUAUUUAGCGAAACAAUAUCUUCCAACAGCUAAAGGAUGCCUUAAAACAUCACAGCUUACAGCAUUACAAGAUAUUGAGAUGAAGCAUUGCAAAUGAAAAUCGAAUGCAAAAAUGCAACGAAAGUCCAUGUUGUAAAGCGGCCUGAUUAGGAACAAAACAAAACAUCCUCUUAAAUGCCUGAAAGGAAAUCACAUGUUACAAAACUCAUUAGCGGCUGAGCAAAACCGCUGGGUUUAGAGGCUGCACCCUCAGCCUCUCUCCACACUCUUGUUUCACAAAGCACAACCUUGCCUGCCCCCCCGGGCCCCCACAUACCAGUCUCAGCCAUUCCCAUCAGCCACCCCCAUAACGCAGUUAAUUCCCAUCCAACCACUUGCCGCAAAGGGAAUGUCUAGUCCGUGAAGAAUCCCUGGCAGCAUCAAGCAUCGUUUACAACCAGCUCAUUUCCCCACUUCUGUCUCUGAAGCAAGAAGCCAGCUCAAGAUGCAUCAUAAUCAUCCCUUCCUUGUCACCCACCCAGGUAGGGCCUGACUCUGUACCAGUCCAGUCUCAUAGACUGGUAUUAAGUGACGUUGCAACACAGAGGAACCUCACAGAUCAGAUUCCCUCUCUGAGCAGUCAGUGCCAAUUACCAUCCAAUAAUGGACCACUCACUUUCUCCUACUGGAUAAUAAUCCAACUAUAUGAACAUAAAGGGGGGGGUGCCUUUAGCCUCACGGUGACCCCGAAGGGGUGACACCCACCCCAACUGACCUGCCUCUCUGCAGUGGCCCUUAUGCAGUCUGGGCAUGUGUGAUUUAGCUGAGAUUCCUGCAUUGCAGGGGGUUGGACUAGAUGGCCCACGGGACCCUUCCAACUCUGCUGAUCUAUGAUUCUGUGAGUCAUACUUAAGGGAAGUGGGAUGAUUCUGGAAGGAGGCCCAGGACACACUCUGAAGGCAUCUGAGACAGCAGACCAAGCUUUCCCUUGUUCCACUUGAGAUGCAAUUGAUAAAGAGGAAUUGGACUGAUGGGGUUUUCAUGCUGUGUGGCUGCUGAGUCCAUAGAACCCCUCCCUUGUGCCAUCUCGCGCUCCCAUUGCUGCUUCAGUGCCCCUCUUGCCACCCUAUGUUCGAUUGACUCGACGCUUUCUACCACUGAACACCCUCCUGGGUAGGCGGCUGACUCAAUAUUGACUGCAUCCCCUUGGUGCAUAAACAGGGCCGGUUCCUGCUGCCUCCAUAGGUGUUUUCCCUCUGCCUCGGGGUUUCUGGCGAGUUUCUGUUGGCAGGGAGAGGUUCCUGGCUGGAAGACAGCAGGUGUUUUCAUAAGGGGUUGGGGCCGGAAAACACACCCCUCGCCCUUGGACCGCAUCCAGCUUCUAGGUGUGCACAAAGGCUUGCGGUUUGGCCUCAGCCGUCUCUCUGGGGACCUUUUUGCACUUGAGAAAACCUGCCACCCAAACUCUCCCCGUGCUGCUUACAAGACUGGCUUCCUUCACGCUGGCCUUGAUUUCCUGGAUCUCUGGCUCACUUGGGUUUCUCUAAGUAACACGUUUGGGGUUUGGAGAACAGACAUGGUUGCUGUUGUUCGCCCUCGGACCUCGCUAGCCUCGGUUCCAUUGCGGUGCUUGGGACUCCUGGGUGACCCUGCCAGGAGGGACCGUUCCAGAGCCAGCACCAGGAGUCAGCUGCUGAGGUGGUGGCGGGGAGGACUGGUUCGGCUGUAGCUUCAGAAAGGUAGACUUCAGACAGGUAGACUCCUGAAGGGGUCCGUCCCACCGUCGGACAGCUCUUGCCAUCAAAAUUAUUCUGAAGGAGCGUCUCCACUCCCAUUGUUCUGCCCAGACGCUGAGGUCCAGCUCCGAGGACCUUCUGGCUGUUCCCUCCCUGCAAGAAGUGAGGUUACAGGGAACCAGUCAGAGGGCCUUCUCGGUGGUGGCACCCGCCCUGUGGAACACCCUCCCAUCAGAUGUCAAAGAGAUAAACAACUACCUGACUUUUAGAAGACAUCUGAAGGCAUUCCUGUUCAGGGAAGUUUUUAAUAUGUGACAUUUUAAUGUAUUUUUAAUCUUUGUUGGAAGCCACCCAAAGUGGCUGGGGAAACCCAGCCAGAUGGGCGGACUACAAAUAAUAAAUUAUUAUUAUUAUUAUUCCUGUCAUUGGGUCGGAAUCUCCUUUCUUGUAACUUGAAUGGAUUGGUUUGAAUCCUACCCUCUGGAGCAGGAGAAAACAAGCUUGCUCCAUCUUCCAUGGGACAGCCCAUCAGAUAUUGGAAGAUGGCCAUCAUAUCAGUCUCCCUCCGGAGGUUGUGGUCUCUCCUUCCUUGAAGGUUUUUAAGCAGGGCUUUGAUGGCUGUCUGUCAUGGAUGCUUUAGCUGAGAUUCCUGCAUUGCAGGGAUUUGGACUGGAUGACCCUCACGGUUGCUUAAACUCUACGAUUCCAUCUCCUCUCAGUGACCUCUUAGCCAGGCUGAGCAUCCCCAACUCCUUCAACCAUUUCCCUUGGUCAUCUUGGUUGCUCUCGUCUGCAUGUACCCACGAACCUACAGGACUGCCUCUCCUGGUAUGCCCCGCACAGGACCUUAAGGUCCACAAAUGACAACAUUUUGGAGGUCCCAGGUCGCAAGAUGGUUAGAUUAGUCUCAACUAGGGCCAGGGCCUUUUCAGUACUGGCCCCGACUUGGUGGAACACUCUGUCACAAGAGACCAGGGCCUUGUGGGACUUGACAUCUCUCCGCAGGACCUGCAAGACAGAGCUGUUCCGCCUGGCCUUUGGUUUGGACUCGGUCUGACCCUUAUGUUUCCCUCCCCUUACGGUUUUGAUCUAUGGGCUAUUUUUAUAAUGAGGCUGCGUUUUAAAUUUUAACCUGUAUUUUAAAUUGGUCCCCCCCUAUGUUUUUACUGUAAUUUUACGGGUGUUAGCCGCCCUGAGCCCGGCUCUGGCCAGGGAGAGCAGGGUAUAAAUAAAAUUUAUUAUUAUUAUUAAUGUCUCCCAGCUCCUUGUGCCUGUGGCACCAGCUCUGGGACUGUUCAUGUGACUGUUUGCCCUGAGGCAACCACAGAGUGAGAAAAAGGCUCCUUCUUAUGCAAGCGGGUGACUCCCACAGUAUCAGCCUUAUGUACCUUUCCAUUAAAAAACACAUAAGCUCAAGGCAGUUUGCAAUCCCUUUCAGAAUGAGGGGACCAUGUGUGGCGGGUGCUGAAAGCACUGCGCCAGCUGCGAUUGGCUGAAAAGACUUCGGUGGUGACACUGGCACUGAGGGCUUCUAGGUUGGCAUUGACCCAUGCCAGGGCCUUUUCCGUGCUGGUUCCCUAGUGAGGCAAGUCUGUCUCCCAACGUUAGUAACUUUCAGGAGGAAUUGGAAAACAGUCCUGUUGGCCUAGGCAUUUGAUGGCCAAAGGGCAGUCUUCCUGGCAACUCUGAAAUUAUUGGUUGAGAUCAUGUGUUUAGAACAUUUUAAACUUCUUGGAAGUUUCUAACUGGUUUUAAUGUUUUGUCAUUGUUGUGUCUGCUGCCCUGGACUCCCUUGAGAGGAAAACAGGAUAUAGAUUGAAAUUAUUAUUAUUAUUAUUACUAUGAACUUAAAAAUACUGGGAGGAGACAGGUCACAGCAGAGAUAAAAUCAAGGGACUAGUUAAAAGAAUUAGGUUCCAAUGAUGUGCUUGCUUGCUUCUGUCAUAAUAUGCUUUGGGUAGCACUCCAGGCUGGCAAGAAGGAAGCUUGUUGCGUUGAACAUUUUGAGCUCUGAAGUUUACGAGUUCCUUAUUUAUUACCAUAUUUUUCGCUCUAUAAGAUGCACCCGACCAUAAGAUGCACCUAGUUUUAGAGGAGAACAAGGGAAAAAAAUUCUCUCCCUCUCUGCGCAGCGCCUCUCCAGCAAAGCGGGAGGAGAAAUGGAAGGGGCUCCGUUUCUCCUUCCGCUUUUCUGAAGGGGCGCUGCGCAGCUUUCCCUUUGAAGGGGUGCUGCGCAGCUAUCCCUGAAGCCAGGAGAGCAAAAGGGAUCAGUGCACACCGAUCCCUCUAGUUCUCCUGGCUUCAGUGAAAACAAUGGAAAGCCUCCGGAGCACAACGGGAGGAGCAAUCCCGCUGCGCUCUGGAGGCUUUCCGUGGCUAUCCCUGAAGCCAGGAGAGCGAGAGGCAUCGGUGCGCACUGAUCCCUCUUGUUCUCCUGGCUUCAGGGAUAGCUGCGCAGACUGCAUUCACUCCAUGAGACCCACACACAUUUCCCCUUACUUUUUAGGAAAGGAAAAGUGCGUCUUAUAGCUCAAAAAAUACGGUAUAUUUGCACCCUGCCUUUCUUCCAAGGAGCUCAAGGGCCCUAUGUCGUUCUCAUUUUAUCCUCACGCCAGCCCUGUGAGGUAGGUUAGGCUGAGAGAGGCUGUGCCUGGUCCCCAGUGCCACCCAGUGAGCUUCAUGGCCAAGUGGGGAUUCCAGCCCUGGUCUCCCAGGUCCUAGUCCAGCGCUCUAACCACUGUGCCAUACCUGGGGCUCCUGCAAGAUUAGAUAACCCCUUUGGGUCUCUUCUGGCUCCAAGAGGGAUGCCAGUGUUCCUGUCCUGUCCCUCUGUUGCCCUUAUCCAUUUAUUGGCUGUGAUCUGUCAUCUGAAAAAGCGUCUCCACCCCCAUCGUCCAGCCCGGACACUGAGGUCCAGCUCCGAGGGCCUUCUGACGGUUCCCUCACUGCGAGAAGCCAAGUCACAGGGAACCAGGCAGAGGGCCUUCUCGGUGGUGGCGCCCGCCCUGUGGAACGCCCUCCCACCAGAUGUCAAAGAGAAGAACAACUACCAGACUUUCAGAAGACAUCUGAAGGCAGCCUUGUUUAGGGAAGCUUUUAAUGUUUGAUGCCUUACUGUAUUUUAAUAUUUUGUUGGAAGCCGCCCAGAGUGGCUGGGGAAGCCUAGGCAGAUGGGCGGGGUAUAAAUAAUAUAUUAUUUAUUAUUAUUAUUAUUAUUAUUAUUAUUAUUAUUAUUUAUCAUCAUCAUCAUCUUGAAAAGCAGAAGGGUGUGUGUGUUGCGGCAUUUGCUUGGUGUGAAACCACACACCCAGUUUGCCCAGAGUCACAUGGCUGAUCUUGCAUUGGUGACUGGAGUUAAGUGAGAUUUCUUAGGGAGACCACAAAGAAUUGUGUCUAGGCCCUUCUGAACAGGACCUCCUUUUGCCCUUGAGCUGCCUCUCCCAAAAGCAUUUGCGGCUCACGUUCUCCAGGGUUUGCGGUGGUUAGCAUGAGAGAUUCUCUUUGCUAAAACAAAACACCCACACACCCUCUUGGGUUUUAGCUCUGAUUUUUUUAAUUGCAUCUGACUGUUUAAUUUAAGCGACCGGCCCACAGCUGCGAUGUUGAGGUCACACAGCGCAGAUUAUUGUUCCAUCCUGCAGGGCAACACGGACAAAAUCGUUCCUCUUUCAAUAGCAAUCAAAGCCCCGGUGAGGGAGUCACGUGGCAGCCACACCGCUCCUUCCUGACCAUGCUGUGACCCUCCUGAUGUGAGCGAGGUCCUGCCUGGGGUCACAGUGGGGCAGGCUUUCCAGAUGAACGCUGCAGCCUGCCUGCCUGUGGCAAUGUUGCAAACAAAACCUGCCCUUAUUCCCUUAUGGGGGACACAAGAGUCCUUAUAGAGUCCUUUGUAGGUUCUCCAUCGGUCAGAGAAAAUAACAGAGGCCAACCAGAGAACAUUGAGAAGCAAAGCAGCUAGUAAGCCUGAUCUUUAUUGAUCUGUUGCAACAGGGUGCUCCCCUCACACGCAGAAGGAGGAGGAGGAAGACCCAGAACAAAGGUGUGUCCGCUCUUAUAUAGACAUUUUAAAUUGCCCACCCUGGAGUCCAAGACCACCCCCAGAAACCUCAUACAUACAUCAAAGAAAAGGCGGUCUGCAAUAGAAAUCUGAGUGCGUUGUUUAUCUCCUGUCUGGCAAGUUACCUGAUUGCAUUAUCUGGGUUUUGGCCACUCUUUUGUUAUUAUAACUACUUAAUCCCUGAAUCAUACAUACAUCACAGAAGGGGUGUAGCCCAAGACCACCCCCCAGAUACAUCAUACUACAUCACAGAAAAGGCGGUCUGCAACAGAAAUUUGAAUGUUGUUGUUUUUCCUGUCUGCCAGGUUAUCUGAUAAUGCCUUAUCUCCUUGCCUUUUCUGGUAGUCUGGCCAUUCCUUUGAGAUGGCGAUUACCCAAUUCCUGAGACAAUGGGAAGGUUCCCUCACCCCCUCCCUCCUUGCAGAGAAAACAUUUGGUCAGUUUGGGAGUCAAAAUGGUUUCAGGACGGUCUUCCUGUGCUGCUCCAGACACGUGGUUUAUAUAUUUAUGUACGUGUUUGCUUGGUACACUUAUGAUCAUUUAUUAUAUAUAUGAGACCUUAAAUUUUUUUAUUACACAAGUAAGGCCUCCGUUGGGGCUGGGGGAGGUCAGAGGCCCCCCAAAGGCUCUCAGGAGCCUGCCUUGUUCCAGACGCUUGCUUGAGAAAAAUUCCCCUCCCUCUCUCAUAACACUAGGACUCGUUAAAGGCGAUGUAAACUUUGUACACCAGUGUAAAAGAUUACGAUUAGCUGUGAUCUGUCCGGGGUUUGUGUGUUUGUGUCUGGCUUUAUCUCAUUUGAGUAGAAUGUGUGCUUCCAUUUAAAAUGCACCUCUGGGUUAUUUGUGGGGCCUGCCUGGUGCUUCUACACGAGUAGAAUGUGUCCUUUUAUUUAAAAUGCAUCUCUGGGUUAUUUGUGGGGCAUAGGAAUUCGUUCAUUAUUUCCCCCCGAAAAACAAUAUAGUCCAGCCCACCACAUGGUCUGAGGGACUGUGGACCGGUCCCCUGCUGAAAAAGGGUGCUGACCCCUGCUCUGGGUCCCUUCGCAGCUCUGUGGAGCCAAGGAGGUGGUUGGGCUGCUGCCGAGCAGUGCUGCUGCCACCAGGAUGCAACCCUUAAGUCAGCCUGCUUGCCCUGUGUCAGCCUGUGAUGGAGAAGGGGGAGCAUGGUUCAUCCUCCCCCCUGCCUGGGCUGCCCACUCCCUCACUUCUGGCAAAGGGGCUGGUUUUGUUUUGGUCAAGGUGAGGGCUUAUUCAGUUCCUGGAUCCGGCCAUCAGAACCGGGGAGGGAGGCGGGGGGCCGUUGGGACACAGAGAGCCUCCGAAACUCCAGUGGGGAAGAGAGGGAAGGGGCCAGCCGAGCGAGGAAAGGGCUCAAGGAUGCUGCUGAGAGCCCUUGCACCUCAUCUCGCCAGGCUGGCCAGGAGGGACACACAGCCCUUCCGUCGCCCACCUUGCGCAGAGGGGUGAAACGCAAGGAGGGGAGGAGGAGGCUUGGGGUGCCGAAGUUCUUACGUUGGGGGAGAAGCUGGAAGGGGCCACUCCCGGAUUCUGCAAGUGACUGAGACGGACAUGAAGUUGGUAGAUCUGCACUGUAAAUGUUGUUGUUUAGUCAUUUAGUUGUGUCCGACUCUUCAUGACCCCCUGGACCAGAGCACGCCAGGCCCUCCUGUCUUCCACUGCCUCCCGCAGUUUGGUCAAACUCAUGCUGGCAGCUUCGAGAACACUGUCCCACCAUCUCGUCUUCUGUCGUCCCCUUCUCCUUGCGCCCCCCAUCUUUCCCAACAUCAGGGUCUUUUCCAGGGAGUCUUCUCAUGAGGUGGCCAAAGUCUUGGAGCCUCAGCUUCAGGGUCUGUCCUUCCAGUGAGCACUCAGGGCUGAUUUCCUUCAGAAUGGAGAGGUUGGAUCUUCUUGCAGUCCAUGGGACUCUCAAGAGUCUCCUCCAGCACCAGAAUUCAAAAGCAUCAAUUCUUCGGCGAUCAGCCUUCUUUAUGGUCCAGCUCUCACAGUAAAUAGUUUGAGGAAUAAAACCUAUAAAAGCCAGAUCAGAGUCCUACUUGGUUACUCACGAGCAACCACCAGCAGCACCUGACACUUAUUGAUGUGCAUCUUAAGCCUGUUGUGUUGCUGACAUGCACCCUAAACGCCUGUUCUUGCCCAGCCAAGUAUAAACAGUCGACAACUUGCGGUGUCAAGGGAGCCUGGGUUACAAACCUGGGCCAGGACAGGCCAAGGUGUUAACCUGCUUACCCAACCUGGCCAACCUGAGUGGCUUCCCUGCCUGCGUCACCUCGGCUGCUCCCGGGACUGUCAAUGCGCUUCAGUGCCAGAGGUGUUUGUGGUCACUGCUGUGCUCUCUUUGUUACGUCAUGCGGAAAGGCGAUUCCUCCCAAGCACAGGGAAGAAGAGCCUUAAAGGAGUUAGCAGCCCUUUAAGGUGAUCAAAACCGCAGCUGACGGAUUGCCCAGUGUGUGGUGUUGUAAACAAAAAUCUGCCCUUUUCCCUUAUGCGGUAUCCAAGAGCCCAUAUAGAGUCCUUACGUAGGUUCCCUAUUGGUAGGAGAAAAUAACAGAGGCCAACCAGAGAAUAUUGAGAAGCAAAGCAGCUAGUAAGCCUGAUCUUUAUUGAUCUGUUGCAACAGGGUGCUCCCCUCACACGCAGGAGAAGGAGGAGGAACCCAGAACAAAGGUGUGCCUGCCCUUAUAUAGACAUUUUUAAUUCCCUGCCCUGGAGCUCAAGACCACCCUUCCAUACAUCAUACAUACAUCACAGAAAAGGUGGUCUACAGCAGAAAUCUGAGUGCGUUGUUGUUUAUCUUGUCUGACAGGUUACCUGUUAAUGCUCACUUGAUUGGAUACCCUGGGGAGCCUGGCCGGUCUUUUGUAAUGAGGAAUACUUAGUUCCUGAGCCAGCUCACAGGCUUACCCUAUUCUAACACAGACAGACAUACCCUUAAGACAGGAUUUGUGAAGGAAAAGACAGUGGGGAGGCUUCUCCAUUUUCCUUUGGCCUUUCAGGGAAAACAUUUGGUCAGUUUGGGAAUCAAAAAUGGUUUCAGGUCGGUCUUCCUGUGGUGAUCUAUGUACGUGCUUGGUUGGUACAUUUAUGAACAUUUAUUAUAUAUCUAAGACCUUAAGAUUCUUAUCAGAAUGGCUUGUAAUUUGUUCGGCUGAAACCUCACUCAAUAGCACCCUCUGGAUCACUGAUUCCAUGCACCACGACCGCACUGCAUAGGAAUGUGCAGGGAGAGAACCUCCAGCUUCCAGAUGCUGGGAACUGGGGUACGUGGGUGAUAAAACUAUGGAGAGAAACUGGGAAAUAUAACUUUAUUUCAUCUUACAGUGCACAUAGAACAGAGAGAACAGCUACAUAAGUGGGUGAAAUUUAAAAGAGGAGGAAGAAAGCUGUUUUCCAUUGAAUCUGUGUGGAUUAUACAGGGGGGAGUCCUUGUUUCUCUUCCUAUCCUUGCACCCUCUUGUUCCCUUUGACUCCCUGACCCAGUCUGGGCAUAGCUGGCAACCUUCCCUUUAUUUGCGGGAAAUUCCCUUAUUCCAGCGCUGUUUCCCACUGCUUCCCACUGCUAUCCCGGAUUGUUAGAUAUCCCGUAGACUGUCCCCGGGACAGGUGAGGCUGCUGAUCCCUUAUUUUCAAAUCUGAAAGUUGACAGCUAUGAGUCUGGGCUCUCCCCUCCUGCUUGUCUAAAAAGGGUCUUUUGUUUCUUGCAGUUCGCCACUUCCUCCAGACCGGCCUCAGCCCCAAUUUGUACAAUGAAGAUGGCCUCACUGCCUUGCACCAGGUGAGCCCAGUGCCUGCCUUCCAGGUUCCCCACCUGCCUCUCGUCAUCGGUGCCAGCCAGCCACAGGGUAUAAAGGGCCUGGCAUGAUCAUAGGAUCAUAGACUUAUAUGGCCUCUCUGCUCUGCUCACCCCACCGCUUGCUGCCCGCCCCCACCCUUUGGGCAAGGCAGCAGCAGCCUCCAGUGCCAAAUGGCCGAAGUAAUUUCCUUCUGCUGAUCCUUUGCAUGCUGUGAACUCUGGUUGAAAAAUGUGCCCCUGCUGAGCCUUUAAUCCCAGCCCUCGCUUGCAAAAUGAAGGUGGGGGGGAGGUUGGACAGGGCAAGGUGGGAAUUCCUUCUUUGCAGACAGGCGGUUGCCAACCCUUCUCCCCUCUUGGGUAAUGGAUUUCCUAGGAGGAAUGUUCAUUGCCGCCCAGCUGUAUUUAGGAAGCUGUCAAUAAUAAUAAUAAUAAUAAAUUUUUAUUUAUAUCCCGGCCUCCCCAGCUGAAGCCAGGCUCAGAGCGGCUAACAGCAAUAAAAGUAACACAGCAUUCUAAAAUCAAUUCAUUCUAAAAUCAAUUCAAAAUCAAAUCCAUGGCAACUAUUGGGCUAGAGUUCUGUGAGGAUGACCAAAGGAGGGAGUCAGACUGUGCCUUGGCCAAAGGCCUGGUGGAACAGCUCUGUCUUGCAGGCCCUGCGGAAAGAUGUCAAGUCCCGCAGGGCCCUGGUCUCUUGGGACAGAGCGUUCCACCAGAUCGGGGCCACAGCCGAAAAAGCCCUGGCUCUGGUUGAGGCCAGCCUAACCUCUCUGUGGCCCAGGACCUCCAAGAUGUAUUUAUUUGUAGACCGUAAGGUCCUCCGUGGGACAUAACUGGAGAGGUGGUCCCGUAGGGACGAGGGUUCUAGGCCAUAUAGGGCUUUAAAGGUUUAAACCCUCACCUUGAACCUGAUUCGGUACUCCACCAGGAGCCAGUGCAGCCUUGUAACUAUGGAAGGGGGAAGUUAGAGUUCCACAGUUUCUUUCAGCUGUUCAUUUCCCUGCCUAUAUCCUUCCUUGCCUGGGGUGUGUGUGUGUGUGUGUGUAUGAGUAGCAAGAAGAAGCCACUUGCACUAGGUGGGAAUCUGCCCCCCUCCUCCCAAGAAGUCCUCCAUGAAUGAUAUGGAGCAAUCUACUCUGAGGGGUGGUCCUUGCUUGUGGGGUUUGCGGGCAGCUUCCCAUCUCAUAAGCUGUCAUUUAUGCCCUCUCUUUCUUCCCAUCCUCUUUCAAUUAUAACCCCCCCCCCAAAAAAAGAAAUUAAACAGUUGCAUUUUAUAAACGUAGAAAUCGGAGCGGAGUGUAAGAGUUCAUCUUUCAGAGUUCUGCUUCCUGUUCAAAGAAGAAAAAGAGAGCAAGUUUUUAGACCGAAAGGAUGCAAAUUUGGGCCUGCCUGAAGUGUGUGGGCAAUGGCUGCAGCUGGCGCUUGUGGGCAGGAGCACCAGUGGUUAGAGGGGGGUCUGCCUGGCAGCAGGGAGGUGUAUUUAUUCCCUCUUGGCUUUUUUGCAUAAUACAUACAGCUGCAAACUCAGUUUCCUUUAAUGUGCUGUUCUGGCACGGAGUCUUUUAUACACCAAGGUUUUGCAGUCCUUGAGCUUCCACCGCUCAUCUUCUCUGGUCCUGGUGGGGUCCUUGCCCUGAGCAGAGAACCAAAUCCUGCAGGUCCAGGAGGCCAAAUGAGUCCGUUCUGAAAUUCCAGCAGCCUGGUUAUGAGGCUUAGCGGGUUUUAUCCUGGCUGAGAGGCAGCCCUGGUAAAAAGCUCUUGUGCUCAGAAUCGUAGAAUUGGAAGGGACCCCGAGGGUCAUCUAGUCCAACCUCCUGCAAUGCAAGAAACUCAACUAAAGCAUCCAUGACAGAUGGCCACCCAUCCUCUGCAAUAAUAAUAAUAAUAAUAAUAAUAAUAAUAAAAAUUUAUACCCCGCCCUCCCCAGCCAAGACCGGGCUCAGGGCAGCUAACACCAGGUAUAAAAACAAUUGAUUAAAAUACAACUUAAAAACAAGAUUAAAAUACAACAUUAAAAUGCAGCCUCAUUUCAGUAGAAACUCAAAUCAAAAACUUUUUGGGGGAUGAAAACGUCAAGUCUUCACCAAGGCCAACUAUCCAGACUGGUCCUACAUGGGCCAGAAAAAAGCCAGGGAAGUCCCCAAAUAGGAGUUCCAUCACAGAAGGAGAAAGGAAAGAGGGGAAGGGGGUCAAGUGGAUUCCAAGCCAAAGGCCAGGCGGAACAACUCUGUCUUACAGGCCCUGCGGAAAGAAAUCAGAUCCUGCAGGACCCUGGUCUCAUGAGAAAGAGCGUUCCACCAGGCUGGGGCCAGAGUUGAAAAGAAUCAUAGAAUCAUAGAGUUGGAAGAGACCACAAGGGCCAUCGAGUCCAACCCCCUGCCAAGCAGGAAACACCAUCAGAGCACUCCUGACAUAUGGUUGUCAAGCCUCUGCUUAAAGACCUCCAAAGAAGGAGACUCCACCACACUCCUUGGCAGCAAAUUCCACUGUCAAACAGCUCUUACUGUCAGGAAGUUCUUCCUAAUGUUUAGGUGGAAUCUUCUUUCUUGUAGCUCUGGUUGAGGCUAGUCUGACUUCCUUAGGGCCCGGGACCUCUAGGGUGUUGCUAUUUAUGGACCUUAAGGUCCUUUGCGGGGCAGACUGGGAGAGGCAGUCCCGUAGGUAUGAGGGUCCUUAAAGACCUCCAGCUUCCUCAGCCCAGGCUGUGUGUGGUGCAUUUUCCAUGGGGGAGCCCAUGAGAGGGAUCCUAGAUCUGUCCCUCUUGUGUGAAAGUGAUGCCCCGUGGGGUGGGAAGGGCCGAGAGGGCUGAAGGAGGGGAGGUCGCUCUCUGUUGGGCAGAAGCCACACUCUGAAUUGGUCUCCUGGAGGGGAGUGGGGUGUGUUUUGAGGGCAAGCGAAGCUCCCCACGAGAGCCCCUCUGCUCUGCCUUGGCCUCAUGCCUCUUCUCCCCUUCUUCCCUUCCUCUCAGUGCUGCAUUGACGACUACAGGGACAUUGUGCAGCUGCUGCUGGAAGCCGGGGCCGACGUCAACGCCUGCGACAGUGAGCUCUGGACCCCUCUGCAUGCCGCCGCCACCUGCGGGCACCUGCAUCUGGUGGAGCUGCUCAUUGACAAGUAAGGGCCACGAGGGAGACCCCCCCAGGGCCAGGGGAUGGGCCCCCGCUGUCGGAGUUGCGUUCGACCGGGCGACUCCUCCGCCGGUUGAGCCCUUCGGAAUCGCCUCUGAUGUGAUUAACGACCUGAGCCUCUGAUGAGGCUCCAAGCACAUUCCCAUUACGCAAAGUAUCCAGCAGCAGAAGGGACGAGAUUUAUGAGCUACAUUGCAAAGAGUUUUAUUAAUAAUAAUAAGAAGAAAUUUUAUUUAUACCCCGCCCUCCUCACCCAAGACCAGGCUCAGGGCGGCUAACAAUCAAUAAUAAAACCAAGUUAAUUAAAAUACAAUUUAAAAAAAGAUUAAAAUACAACAUUAAAACAUUAGGAUGUAGCCUCUUCACAGGAGGAGAAAGGCAAAAGAAAGAGGGGGAGGGAAUCAAACUGAUUCUAAGCCAAAGGAUAGAUGAAACAACUCUGUCUUACAGGCCCUGUGGAAAGAAAUCAGAUCCCGCAGGGCCCUGGUCUCAUGAGACAGAGCGUUCCAGCAGGCCGGAGAAGGCACUGGCUCUGCUUGAGACUAAUGUAAUUUCCUUAGGGCCCAGGACCUCUAGGGUGUUGCUAUUUAUGGACCUUAAGGUCCUCUGUGGGGCAUACCAGGAGAGGCGGUCCUGUAGGUACGAGCUUAUUACUAAGCUACGCAGACAGAAAAGAAAUCAUCCUCUCUCUGUGAAAGACAGAGAGCAACUGAACAACAAAGGAACGGGAAACCAGUAACAUCACAUCCGUCUCCUGUCUUCCGUGAGACUUCCAAUAGUCUGGAAUCCCAGGAAUGUAAACAGAGUCCUGUGACUCCAAGAGCACUGCACAGUGGCACAAACAGAAACUAACACCCGCAUGGGCAUCUCUGCAGGGCCCCUGAGAAGGGGCCACACUUCGAAACCUGAGCGGGGAGGCCCUUGCGCUAGUCGAGUGUAGGAACCUGCCUGGUGUAGGGCUUCAGGGAGGGUCUUCUUGUGAGCCGGAGGCGCGGUGGGGCUUUGUUGAGGCUGCUCAGCUUCCCUGCCUAACAACUGACAAAUGGGGCAGCAGAGCAGCCACUGCUUUAGCCUCAACCGAGCAGCCUCCACAAGGUCCCGCUGCGCCUCUGGAUCAUGAGGAGACCCCAUAGCAUCUUUGGGCUCUGGGGAGGGUCUCCUCGCAAGUCACCCGCCACUUCCCGGUUCCUGGCACCGCAUGUGUGUGCAAUCGCAUGCAAGUGGGGAGUUGCAGGGGUCUCUUUCUCUUCUUUCUCCCCGGGAUGCCUCCCAUCUCUAAGCUGUUAACAGGAUCCGGGCAUCCUUGCGACCCACUGCACUCGCUGUGGGAGGCAGCCUGCCCCUCCUCCCCAUGGCAUCAUUACCAGGCUCCUCACCUCACCUGGAAUUGAGGUCACGUUCUUGGGCUGCGCUGCAAUUGUUUUGGAUCUCACUUGUAGGGCUGUAAAUAUUUAACAGGCUUGCAUUGUUGGCAGAGCAACUGUGUCACUGGUGUAGUUGGCUGCCUGCAGGGGAUCUCCUGUGAGCAAAACGUCCGCUCUGCCAAUGAGAGAGCUUUCUGCAGAAACCUGUAGCAGUCUUCUAGUCUUCUCCCAUGGGCGAAAGGCCCUUUCGCCUUGUGGCAGAGAGUUCCCCAGCUGCUGUGCCUUGAGUUGCGGGUCUCCCUGCCUGGUGAGGGCUCCUGUAUCCUUUGCCUCACGUAGACGUGCUUCAGCCCUCGCUGCUGCGAUGAAGAGAGGCUUAAACAGGAGGGAGCAUGAAGGAAACCGUCACAGAUUGCGAAUGGGGGAUAGGUAGAAAUGGCCUUGCUUCCUCAAAAACAGCAGCUUGGAGCUUUUGCUGGAAUUGAUGCGCAGGUUUACGGCACAUCAAAAGAAGCUCCCAUUUCCACAUUAUACAAUGAACCUAUGGAACUCAUGGCUGCAGGAUGCUGUGAUGGCUACCAACGUAAGUGCCGCUAAGAAAGGAAGACGCAGACAGGGGAACUCAAGGCAGCAGCUAAGUCAACGCCCCCUGAUAUGCCAAAGUGCAACCUCUGUUCUGGGGACAUGUUCAGCCCCUGAGUGCCAGAAAGUGUGGGGGUGGGUGGUGUGGGGGUGGGGGAGAGAUUGCCCCCCUGCGACCCCCUCCAGACCGCCCCUGGCCUGUUUGGCUUGCCACUACUUAGAGGCAGGAUGUGAAGCUCUGAGGAUCAUUGGCCCCACCCAGCAAGGCAAUUCCUUUGGCUCAGUUUCUUCCGUGAAGACCUAGGUUUGAGGGGUGUUUGGGGUGAAAGGGGGUGCGAAUGCUGGGAAGGAGGUGAAAUCUGCACCCCAGGGGCGCUGGGGCCUCAGCAGACCCCUUUCCCUUUUGGCCCCUGGCCGUUGUUGCUGCUUUAUAUUUUAAAGAACCAAUCUCAGAGCGGUUUACAACACAUUAAAGCAUCAAAUAAAACAAUACAGAACAAAAGACACUCAAGCUUCAAGGAAAAUAUUUCCAGAUCCUACUCUGAGUGGCUUUUUGCUUUCCCCAGUCGCCAGCCUGGCAUCCAGAUAUCUCCACGUGGUCUCAAUUGGACCUGAGCCAGUCGCAAAACACACCUGGGGAAUUUCUAGCACUGAAAAGCACAGGUCACUUUCAGCUUUUGGAGCGGGGGGGGGGGUGGCAGAAAAAGUAGGUAAUGAAUUAAUUUUGGUGGUGGCAAGAAUGUAAAACAAGUUAGCACAUUCUCUUGUUUUGCAUUGUGACGCUGCUGUCUGCAGCUGGCCUUGCCCCCCCCCCCCGUUCCAGCAUCUCCCCUCUUAUCCGCUGCUCCCUUCUGACUCCAGGGUGGCCUUGAGGGGGUUCAGGAGCCCCUUCCUUGAGGCUGCAGGGCUCUUGCAGGAGGGAGAGGCGGGGUGCUGUGGGGGAGCAGGAUCCUGUUUCAGCCGCUCUCCCCAGCCGAGGGCGAGGAGGAAACUCAAUCUGCAGCGCGCUCUGAAGAGGACCCACAAAGCAUGUUUUCCUAGUGCUGCUGCUCCGGAACGGAAAUAACUCCUUGUAUCUGUUACACAACCAAGAGUUGGACCGUGCCAUUGGCAGUGGCCCUGGGCACGGCAGAGGGACGCUUGCUUGCUUGCUUGCCUGCCUGCCAACCGCUUCUUCCUCUCCUCCUCCAGAGGCGCCAACCUGCUGGCCGUCAACUCGGAUGGGAACAUGCCGUACGACCUCUGCGAGGACGAUGCCACGUUGGACUACCUGGAAACAGCCAUGGCCGACCAAGGUGGGUCCUCUCCUCUCGGGCUAUUCGGAAGCAGCAGGGAGAACCUUCUGACGGCAAGAGCCGUUCAGCGGACUCCCUCGGAAGGCGGUGGUCUCUCCUUCCUUGGAGGUUUCUCAGCAGAGGUUAGGGGAGGCAUCUGUCAUGGCAAUUCCUGCAUUGCAGGGGGUUGGACUAGAUGGCCCUCGGGGUCCCUUGCAACUUUUAAGCACAGGAGUGUUUUACCAGGGCUGCUGUUGUAGUGCAACGGCAUCUGGAGGCCCAGUGCCGAGGGCCUUCUGGCGGUUCCCUUGCUGCGAGAAGCCAAGUUACAGGGAACCAGGCAGAGGGCCUUCUCGGUGGUGGUGCCCGCCCUGUGGAACGCCCUCCCACCAGAUGUCAAAGAGAACAACAACUACCAGACUUUUAAAAGACAUCUAAAGGCAGCCCUGUUUAGGGAAGCUUUUAAUGUUUAAUAGGUUAUUGUAUUUUAGUGUUUUGUCGGAAGCCGCCCAGAGUGGCUGGGGAAACCCAGCCAGAUAGGCGGGGUAUAAAUAAUAAAUUAUUAUUAUUAUUAUUAUCUGGAGGGCCACAGGUGGCCCAGAGGGGGCUAUCGGUGCCCACUAGCCAGGAUGCAUGGUGCUGACAAUGCCAAGGUUGCAGGUUCGAUCUUUGCAUGCGACAGCUGCCUCUUCCUGUUCAGGGAAGUUUUUAAUGUGUGACAUUUUAAUGUAUUUUUAAUCUUUGUUGGAAGCCGCCCAGAGUGGCUGGGGAGACCCAGCCAGAUGGGCGGGGUACAAAUAAUAAAAUUAUUAUUAUUAUUAUUAUUCCUGCCUUGCAGAGGUUGGACUGCAUGAUCCUCAGGGUCCCUCCCAACUCCCUUCCAACUCUACAAUUCUGUGGUUUUGCUCGGCCUCCACAGCUGGAGGAAACUGCAAUAGGGGAGAAAGUGCUCUUGUGCUCAGGUUCUACUCGCUGGUUUCCUGCAAGAACAUGGGCCCUGGGCCUGAUCCGGCAGGCUCUUCCGGUGUUCCUAAGGAGCAGCCGGAGCCCUGGUGGAGGACGUGUCUCUGGGCAGGUCCUCGGUGCCCUUGCCGGAGAGGCACUGCCCUGCUUCCUCUUCCCGGCGCAUUGUCCCCCUGCCAGCCCACAGUGUGCUGCUUUCCAUUCAUCCUCUUCCUCUCCAUCCUCAGGUAUCACUCAGGACACCAUUGAGGAGGCUCGUUCUGCUGUGGAGCGUGCCAUGGUGGACGACAUCCGCCGGCUGGUGAAGGAAGGGGUGGACCUGAAUACGCCGCUGGACCACAGUGCCACCCUGGUGAGAUGGGUGCGCAGGGCCUGGCUUUGAGGCGGGUGGUGGGAACGGACACAUCUCCCCCCCUCUUGCUCUAAGUGCUGGCAUCUCCUUUCCCCCCACAAAGCCCAGAGAAAUUGCCAGGCCCAGGAUCUUUCUUUCAAGGGAAGGCUGGCAGAAUAUGUAAGAUUUAAGGGCACCUGAAGGGCACCGUCCCAGCCCACAAAAUGCAGUCCAGUGGGUCUGCCUGAUCUAUUCUCUGCCUCGGUGUUGACUCUGCCCCUGCUGUUUCAAAGAAGAGGGAAAUGGCUCAGGUGGUGUUGAGCUCCAAGCCGGGAAAGCUUUUCACUUACAGUGGUACCUCAGGUUACAGACGCUUCAGGUUACAGACUCCGCUAACCCAGAAAUAGUGCUUCAGGAUGAGAACAGAAAUCGUGCUCUGGUGGCGUGGCAGCAGCAGGAGGCCCCAUUAGGUAAAGUGGUGCUUCAGGUUAAGAACAAUUUCAGGUUAAGUACGGACCUCCAGAACGAAUUAAGUACUUAACCCGAGGUACCACUGUAUUCGCUUAUUUCCUAAAAUUUAUACACCACUUGAUUGGUUAAAAAAACCAAAACACCUCAAAGCGGUUUGUGAAAAAGAUAAAACAAUAAAGUUACCAAUAAGAAAAAUAAACAACAAUAAUAUAAAACUUUCAAAAGUUAAGAACAGCAGUAGACCAAAGAGCAGAUUAAAACUCGCACCAGCUUUCUGAACAUCUGAGUAGACUUGUAUGAACAAGAAUGUUCUUAGCAGGUGCUGGAAAGGGAAUAGCAAAGGACCCUGCCUGGUGUCACUAGGCAGGGAGUUCCAAAGUGUAAAAGAUCGAGUUCUUACCAGCUGUUAUGUGGCGCCUGCAAAUGUGCCGUGAAAUGGGUUUGAGCAUCUCCGUGGGUUUAAGGCAGCGGGCGGGCGAUCCCACCCAGGUGUUCCUCACCCGAGGCCGCAGCUCAGGCUGAAUUGGUGGGACGUGGAUUCUGCGCAUGCCUCCGCGUCCUGCCUUGCCCUUUCCUCACUGCCCUCUCUGCCCCGCAGCUGCACAUCGCCUCUGCCAACGGCUACCUGGAGGCAGCCGAGCUGCUGCUGGAGCACAAAGCCAGCAUGAGCGCCAAGGACGACGACGGCUGGCAGCCCCUCCACGCGGCCGCUUGCUGGGGCCAGGUGAGUGCCAGAGGGCUCCGGAAGGAGGAAAUGGGGGGCCGGGGGCCUUGCAGAAGCAGCCUUGGCAUGGGGAGCAGCGGACGCUGGCAGACGCUCCUCCAGGGCAAGGUGCUGCCCCCCAGUGGCCAAGGCCGCUCUCUGCAGCCUUUUCCUGGCAGAUCGUUGACCAUCGUAAUCCCAUUAAUCUGAGUCCGUCUAGAGACCAGAUGGCCCUGGUGAUCCCCUGCUCAGUUCGAUAAGCCAGGGAUUUCCUAAGGCAGCUGGCGGUAAUACAGGCAAUUAGCCAGCCGUUCCGGGCAUUGGCGGAGGCCGCUGUGGGUACGGGAGCUCUGCAGGAGGGUUCUGGCGCUGUUUGCUAGAGCAAUCCCAACACUGGAGAAGCCAUGGGCAGGGUCAGGGUCUGCAAAGCCAGCACUCUGCAGAGAGAGGAUGGGCAGACCUGAACAGACCGCAGGAAAAGUAAUAAUAAUAAUAAUAAUAAUAAUUUAUUAUUUAUACCCCACCCAUCUGGCUGGGUUUCCCCAGCCAUUCUGGGCGGCUUCCAACAAAACAUUAAAAUACAAUAAUUCAUCAGAUAUUAAAAGCUUCCCUAAACAGGGCUGCCUUCAGAUGUCUUCUAAAAGUCUGGUAGUUGUUGUUCUCUUUGACAUCUGGUGGGAGGGCGUUCCACAGGGCAGGAGCCACCACCGAGAAGGCCCUCUGCCUGGUUCCCUGUAACUUGGCUUCUCGCAGUGAGGGAACUGCCAGAAGGCCCUCGGCGCUGGACCUCAAUGUCCGGGCUGAACGAUGGGGGUGGAGAUGCUCCUUCAGGUAUACUGGGCCCUUUAGGGCUUUAAAGGUCAACACAAACACUUUGAAUUGUGCUCAGAAAUGUCCUGGGAGCCCGUGUAAGUCCAAGGGGUGGGGAAGUUUUUACAGGUAAGUUGAUUCUUUUCCAGUGACCUGAAAGAGUGCCAGGAAACAGGAGAAGGUUGAAGCUGCAAGGAUGACAUUCGGGAGAAGGGAAGACUCUUAAGGGCCCUGAGACUCAUCUCAGCUGUAGAACAGCAGUUCUGCCCUUCUGGAAGGGAGCGGGAGGCAGACCCCCCCCCCCAGACUCUGAAUGCAUUUCUAAAGUAACACAGAAAGCUGCCUUAGCUUGUUGAUUCACCUAACUCAGUACUGCUUUUACUGACUGGCAGUGGUCCCUCAAAGCUUUAGAGAGGGAGUCUGAAUGUGGCUUAAAUGUUGGAAGUUGCAGGGCAGGUAAAAGAAAGUCCUUCUUCAUGCAGCGCCCAGUUAAACUCUGGAACUCUCUCCCACAUGAGGCAGGGAUGGCUACAAACCUAGAUGGCUUCAAAAGAGGAUGAGGCAAAUUCAUGGAGGAGGACUGUCAACAACAACAACAACAACAACAACAAUAAUAAUUUAUUAUUUAUUAUUUAUACCCCGCCCAUCUGGCUGGGUUUCCCCAGCCAUUCUGGGCGGCUUCCAACAAAACAUUAAAAUACAAUAAUUCAUCAGAUAUUAAAAGCUUCCCUAAACAGGGCUGCCUUCAGAUGUCUUCUAAAAGUUGGAUAGUUGUUCUUCUCUUUGACAUCUGGUGGGAGGGCGUUCCACAGGGCAGGAGCCACCACCGAGAAGGCCCUCUGCCUGGUUCCCUGUAACUUGGCUUCUCUCAGGGAGGGAACCGCCAGAAGGCCCUUGGCGCUGGACCUCAAUGUCUGGGCUGAACGAUGGGGGUGGAGAUGCUCCUUCAGGUAUACUGGGCCCUUUAGGGCUUUAAAGGUCAACACAAACACUUUGAAUUGUGCUCAGAAACGUCCUGGGAGCCCAUGUAAGUCCAAGGGGUGGGGAAGUUUUUACAGGUAAGAAUCAACUGAUUCUUUUCCAGUGACCUGAAAGAGUGCCAGGAAACAGGAGAAGUUUGAAGCUGCAAGGAUGACAUUCGGGAGAAGGGAAGACUCUUAAGGGCCCUAAGACUCAUCUCAGCUCUAGAACAGCAGUUCUGCCCUUCUGGAAGGGAGCGGGAAGCAGACCCCCCCCCCCCAGACUCUGAAUGCAUUUCUAAAGUAACACAGAAAGCUGCCUUAGCUUGUUGAUUCACCUAACUCAGUACUGCUUUUACUGACUGGCAGUGGUCCCUCAAAGCUUUAGAGAGGGAGUCUGAAUGUGGCUUAAAUGUUGGAAGUUGCAGGGCAGGUAAAAGAAAGUCCUUCUUCAUGCAGCGCCCAGUUAAACUCUGGAACUCUCUCCCACAUGAGGCAGGGAUGGCUACAAACCUAGAUGGCUUCAAAAGAGGAUGAGGCAAAUUCAUGGAGGAGGACUGUCAACAACAACAACAACAACAACAACAAUAAUAAUUUAUUAUUUAUUAUUUAUACCCCGCCCAUCUGGCUGGGUUUCCCCAGCCACUCUGGGCAGCUUUCAACAGAAUAUUAAAAUACAAUAGUCUAUUAAACAUUAAAAGCUUCCCUAAACAGGGCUGCCUUCAGAUGUCUUCUAAAAGUUUGGUAGUUAUUUUUCUCUUUGACAUCUGGUGGGAGGGUGUUCCACGGGGCAGGUGCCACUACUGAGAAGGCCUUCUGCCUGGUUCCCUGUAACUUGGCUUUUUGCAGUGAGGGAACCACCAGAAGACCCUCGGUGCUGGACCUCAGUGUCCGGGCUGAACGAUGGGGGUGGAGAUGCUCCUUCAGGUAUACAGGACCGAGGCCGUUUAGGGCUUUAAAGGUCAGCACCAACACUUUGAAUUGUGCUCGGAAACGUAUUGGGAGCCCAUGUAGGUCUUUCAAGACCGGUAUUAUGUGGUCUUGGCGGCCGCCCCCAGUCACCAGUCUAGCUGCCGCAUUCUGGAUUAGUUGCAGUUUCCGGGUCACCUUCAAAGGUAGCCCCACGUAGAGCGCAUUGCAGUAGUCCAAGCGGGAGAUAACCAGAGCAUGCACCACUCUGGCGAGACAGAUGGCUUCUAGUCAGGAUAGCUCUGCUCUGCUUCCAUGGCUGGAGGCAGCAGAGCUUCUGAAUCUCAUUCCUGGAAACCCCAGGAGGGGAGAGUUGCUCUUGUGCUCAGAUCCUGCUUGUGGGCUUCACAUUAGAGCAUCUGCUUGGCUGCUAUGAGAACAGGAUGCUGGACUCGAUGGGCCAUUGGCCUGAUCCUGCAGGCUCUUAUGUUCAUAUGUGAGGCGGCAUUCCUCUGAUAGCUAGAGGUAUUGAUUGCCCUCACCUUCCUGCCUUGCUGGGAGGUGAACUUCCUGGGAGCCCCUGACUGGCCACUACUGAGGAGACAGAACGAAGUGGACCACCCCCAUCAUUCUGCCCGGACGCUGAGGUCCAGCUCCGAGGGCCUUCUGGCAGAUCCCUCACUGCGAGAAGCAAAGCUACAGGGAACCAGGCAGAGGGCCUUCUCAGUAGUGGCACCUGCCCCGUGGAACGCCCUCCCACCAGAUGUCAAAGAGAUAAACAACUACCUGACAUUUAGAAGACAUCUGAAGGCAGCCCUGUUUAGGGAAGCUUUUAAUGUUUAAUAGGUUAUUGUAUUUUAGUGUUCUGUUGGAAGCCGCCCAGAGUGGCUGGGGAAACCCAGCCAGAUGGGCGGGGUAUAAAUAAAUUAUUAUUAUUAUUAUUGGAGCUGAUCCCAGCAGCCUAGCUACUGUCUCACCCUGUCACGGCUGCCUCCCUUUGCUAAAACCUCUUCUCUCCUGCUGGCAGAUUCACCUGGUGGAGCUGUUGGUGGCUCACGGAGCAGAUCUCAACGGCAAGUCGGUGUUGGAUGAGACCCCGCUUGGUGAGUAGGUUGGGUGUGUGUGUAUUUGCAUCAGAACUGGGGCAGCUGCUUUGGCUUCCUGGGCCCAGGCCCGUUUUAUUUCUGUUGACGCUGACGGCUGCGGUGCAAAGGCGAAUAGCUUCCAAGGCCGAGAGAACAAGGACCUUGCUUCUUCUUGCUACUGCACCCCUUCCCAGGGCAGAGUCUUCUCCUGCUUCCUUGGGGCUGGGCAGUGGUGGUUGCACUCUGGAAAAUCCUUAGCGCAAACCUCAGCGUGGAGAAUCUCAUCGCAUUUUAUGCCUUCUGCCAGUGUGCAAUUUGGGGGCAGGGCUGUAGUUCAAUGCCAGAGCCUUUGCCUUGGGUGUCUGCAUGCAGGAGGUGCCAUGUUCAGUCCAAAAGGGCAUCUCCAAGUAGGGCUCAGAGAGACUCCUGUCUGAAUCCCUGGAGCAGCUGCUGCCAGUCUGUGUAGGCGAUAUUGACAUAGGUGGACCCAUGGUCUGACUCAGGGCAAGGCAGUUUCCUAAUCACAUCGCUCCAAGAAUUCUGUGGAUACAGUACUCAUAUACUGUGUACCCCUAAAUCCUUGAACUGCCUUGCAGCUACUGGAUGAGGUAGUGAGAGAGAGAGAGAGCGGGGGGGGGGGGGAGCAUGCCCAGCGCUCCCAGAGCUGAUGUGCUGAGUGGCCCUUCCUGACAAGUAAGGGUGAGCUUAAAAGCUCCUUUGUGUAAUAGUAAUAGUAAUUUAUUAUUUGUACCCGGCCCAUCAGGCUGGGUUUCCCCAGCCACUCUGGGCGGCUUCCAACAAAGAUCAAAAAUACAUUAAAAUGUCACACAUUAAAAACUUCCCUGAACAGGGCUGCCUUCAGAUGCCCUCUGCCUGGUUCCCUGUAACUUGGCUUCUCGCAGUGAGGGAACUGCCAGAAGGCCCUCGGAGCUGGACCUCAGUGUCUGGGCAGAACGAUGGGGGUGGAUCCACCAAGUGGGUCCACUUGGGUUACACAGCUACGAAAAGAGCUUUUAAGCUGUCUGCCUCUCUUCGCUGGGCAAGGCCCACUCAGAGCAAUGGCACUGGAAGGCCAGGAAUGGUCGCACGAGAUAUCGCGGGAACUCGGGCGGCCCUGCGAGAUCUCGCAAGAGCACCCUGGAAUUGGUGCCCUGAGUAGGCCUUGCUCCUUCCACCCCAAGCAGAGCUAAAGCUCUUUCCGCACCCCAAGCGGAAACCCAGCAUAGAAAGAGCUUUCAGGCUCUCUCCCUUGCUUGGAUUUAACUUGUACGAUUUCAACCAGUCCCUCUUAAACCGUGCACAUAAGCAGAAUUUGGCACUUAAGGUCUCUGCUCUAUUUAUUUUUUUAAAAGUCUCUAGUCCUUCUGACUAGAGGAAAAUCUGACAGUGUCUGUCUAGAUCUCGGAAGGGAGGGCGCCGCUGAACUGGGCUUGCUGUGCCGUGUCCUUGCUGCUGGGCAGAGGCUCCAGGUUCGGCAAAGGUGAUGGAGGGAAGACGGGUCUGGUCCAGAAUGUCCCCCACGCCCCCGGUUCCUGACUCUCGCCUUUCCUCUUCCUGCCAGACGUGUGUGCCGACGAGGAAGUGCGGGCCAAACUCCUGGAGCUGAAGCACAAGCACGACGCCAUCAUGAAGUCCCACGAGAAGCACAAGUCCCUGCUGCAGCGACGCACCUCCAGCGCCGGAAGCCGAGGGUACGGCGUGCGGUGUGGGCUCAAUGUGUGGGGCCAGAGGAGCCUGCCAGGCCCAGAAGGGCAGGGCAGGAGGAAGAGGAGUGAUAGGAUAGCCGUCUUCAGGCAGCUGAAGAUGGAGCAAGCUCAAAUGAGAAGAAAGGAGAUUCUGAGUUUAGGAGGAACUUUCUGGCUGUGAGAGCUGUUUGACAGUGGAAGGUUUGGACCUCUCCUUCCUGGGAGCUUGGAGGGGUUUUCCAGCUGUGAUUCCUGCUUUGCAGGGGGUGGACCAGACCUUCAGGGUCCCUCCUAUGAAUUGAUGAGUGGGGAGGCGGAGCAAAACCUCUCUGGAGGCUCUCUUCCCCCCCCCCCAAUUUUUUUUAUUGAUUUUCCACAUUUAUAACAAAUAUAACAAAGAAAACACAGAAAAGAAAACAAAUUACGAUACUGAAAAAACCAAAACUCUUAUUACUUCUAAAACCCAAUCUAACUUUCAUUGUUUUCUGACUUCCUCAAAUCCCCCCUAACUGAAUUUCAUUGUAUCACCUUGUAACAGUUCUCCAAAACCAUCUUUCUAAUAAAAUUAACUCCUUCAGUUUACUAUCAUCUUCUCUUUUCUUAAUAGUCUAAAUCCAUAAUGCUGUACAACUCAUUCUUAUUCUAAUCCUAAGCCUAUUUGAUACUUUCAAGUGACUUCUAAUUAUCUUAGGUAAAGGUAAAGGGACCCCUGACCAUUAGGUCCAGUCGUGACCGACUCUGGGGUUGCGGCGUGCAUCUUGCUUUAUUGGCCGAGGGAGCCGGCGUACAGCUUCCGGGUCAUGUGGCCAGCAUGACUAAGCCGCUUCUGGCGAACCAGAGCAGCGCACGGAAACGCCGUUUACCUUCCCGCCGGAGCAGUACCUAUUUAUCUACUUGCACUUUGACGUGCUUUUGAACUGCUAGGUUGGCAGGAGCAGGGACCGAGCAACGGGAGCUCACCCCGUCAUUGCGGGGAUUCGAACCGCUGACCUUCUGAUCGGCAAGCCCUAGGCUCUGUGGUUUAGACCACAGCGCCACCUGCGUCCCAAUCUACUUAUAUUACAGUAUUUAGCUAAAUAAUCUUUACAUUUCUUCCAAUCUUCUUUCUGAUUGCGGAUUCUCCCAGUCAGGUCGGCCAGCUCCAAAAAGUCCAACGUCUUCAUCUGCCAUUCUUCCGGAGGCUCUCUUUGCUUUGAGAGACUUGUGCAGAAGCGGUUCUCACCCCCUCCCUGCCCCUCUUUCUCUCGCUCUCCAGGAAAGUGGUGAGGCGAGUCAGUGUGACCGAGCGCAGCAACCUCUACCGCAAGGAGCACGAGAAGGAGGCCAUCGUCUGGCAGCAGCAGGCCGAGCAGCGCGAGAGCGAGGGGGAGGACGAGGACAGGCAGACGGACGCUGAGCUCCAGCCACACGUCUUGGUGAGGGGGGGGCCUGAUCCUGACUGGGGGGGGAGCUUAGCCCCUGCCCUUUUGGCUAGCCGUCCGUGUUUGCUCUCAACAGCCAUGCCGCUCUGCUGGGACCCCUUGUAAUAACACACCCCAUUUCUAUGUCUCCCCCCCCAAUCCAAACAGCCUCAAAAAACGAAGCAGCUUUGCCUUCGAAUCAGCUCCAGCUUGAGUUUCAGUUUAAUUGGAGGACUUAUGUUUUAAUUACUGUAUUUUUUGCUCUAUAAGAUGCACUUCCCCCUCCUAAAAAGUAAGGGGAAAUGUGUGUGCGUCUUAUGGAGCGAAUGCAGGCGGUUGAGGUCAAGGCGGUGGCCGCCCCUCUGCCACCGCCAUGCUGCAGAAUCAAUGUCCCGAACGUGUAGUAAUUAAUUAAUUAAUUAAUUAAUUAAUUAAUUAAACUGUCCCCGGAUUCAUUGAAAAAAAUCUGUUAACCUUAGUCUAGCUUCCCCAGGAUUCUGAUCUCUUGGGGAAGGUCACUUUACAUUUUCCCUCUGUCUGUCCUUGCACCCUGUCCUUGCGCCCUGCGGUGGUGGUGGGGAGAAGGUGCCACCAUGGCUUCAUCCUUCCUCCCUCUGUCCUGGCAGGACGCUGAGCCGGCCGUCGUGGUGGAGCCUGGGGAGCAGCUGUCCGAGAGCAACGGCUCAGCCCACCCCAAGCACCUCUACUCCAAGCGCCUGGACCGCAGCAUCUCCUACCAGACGGCCACGCAGGACGAUCCGCCAGCCGGGCUCAGCAAGGAGAAGGCGCGCCACACCCUGGCCGACCUGAAGCGCCAGCGGGCGGCUGCCAAGCUGCAGAGGCCCCACGCGGAGGACCUUUCCCUGGGCGAGGCCCCCAGCCCGGACUCGGAGCACAACUCUGUGUACUUCACGGCGGCCAGCGGGGACCCCCCGCUCCUCAAACUGACCGCCCCGGCGGAAGAGACUCCGGUGGAGAAGAAGCGCUGCUGUCGGCUGAUGUGA